AGGGAGGGGCUGCCAUGUCCGCUGCGGGACGCGCUGCCGGGCCCGGCGCCGGAGCCGCCUCUCGGUGCACUUGAAGCAACCACCUUGCUGGGUGACUUCGGCAAUGAGCCCUCCUGCAUCUGAAUGCAUCCUUUGAAGACUGCCAAGAACACACGAUUCAACUCAUUUAAGCAUUAAAAUAGUAAUACCCAUGGAAGAGCCUCAAGACUUACCCGAACAACCAGUGAAAAAAGCCAAGAUGCAGGAAUCCAGAGAACAAAGUUUGAGUCAUGUGAGCAAUGCAGAAGUCAGCGAUGAGAAACCUGAAUCUUCAAGCCUUGGUUCAAACCUUCCCAUGGCCAGUGAGAUUAUGACAUGCACUGAUUAUAUCCCAAGGUCAUCAAAUGAUUAUACCUCACAAAUGUAUUCUGCAAAGCCAUAUACACAUAUCCUUUCUGUACCUGUAUCGGAAACCAUGAGCCCUUACCCUGGUCAGCCUCAGUACCAAGCACUACAGCAGUCUCAGCCCUACACCAUCUACCCCCAGACCACCCAAACCUACGGACUACCUCCUUUCGGUGCACUGUGGCCAGGUAUGAAACCUGAAAGUGGUUUAAUUCAGACUGCAUCUACAAGUCAGCACAGUGUUCUUACCUGCACUACAGGGUUAACCACAAGCCAGCCCAGCCCAGCACAUUAUUCUUAUUCCAUUGAAGCAUCAACUACCAAUGCCAGUCCAGUCUCUACAUCCUCAACUGUUGUCAAUAUUUCCACGUCAGCAGUAGCCAGCAUCUCACAGGACUAUCCCACGUACACAAUCCUUGGCCAAAGUCAGUACCAGACGUGUUACCCAAGUUCUGGCUUUGGAGUGGUGACACCAGCAGAGAGCAACACAGAGAGCACUGCGUUAGCCACAGCCACGUACCCAGCCGAGAAGCCAAGUGCCAUGGUGCCUACGCGGGCGGUGCAGAGACAUUCCUCUGGAGAUGCAUCCACAAGUCCUUCAUUAUCAAGAGCAACAGCAAGUAAAGAGUUAGAUGAGCAGGCAAGGAAAAACAUCCCUGGGAAGAACAGGGGAAAGAGGAAAGCAGAUACCUCUUCCUCACAGGACAGUGAACUGGAGCGAGUGUUUCUCUGGGACCUGGAUGAGACCAUCAUAAUCUUCCAUUCGCUUCUCACAGGGUCUUAUGCUCAAAAAUAUGGCAAGGACCCAACUAUAGUGAUUGGCUCAGGCCUGUCAAUGGAGGAGAUGAUUUUUGAAGUAGCUGAUACCCACUUGUUUUUCAAUGACUUGGAGGAGUGUGACCAGGUACACAUAGAAGAUGUGGCAUCUGAUGACAAUGGCCAGGAUUUAAGCAACUACAAUUUCUCCACCGAUGGCUUCAGUGGCUCAGGCAGUAACACAAACCACAGCUCCUCAGUUGGCGUCCAGGGAGGAGUGGACUGGAUGAGAAAACUGGCCUUCCGCUACCGCAGGGUGCGAGAGAUCUACGACAAGUACAAGACCAAUGUUGGAGGCCUUCUGAGCCCGCAGAAGAGGGAGGCUCUGCAGCGACUAAGGACUGAUAUAGAAGUGCUAACAGAUUCCUGGCUGGAAACUGCAUUAAAGUCACUGCUACUCAUACAGUCCAGGAAAAACUGUGAGAACAUCCUGAUCACAACCACCCAGCUGGUGCCAGCUCUUGCCAAAGUUCUCCUCUAUGGACUGGGAGAGGUGUUUCCCAUUGAAAAUAUUUAUAGUGCUACAAAAAUAGGUAAAGAGAGCUGUUUUGAGAGGAUCGUGUCACGAUUUGGAAAGAAAGUCACCUAUGUGGUGAUUGGAGAUGGGCGAGAUGAGGAGGUGGCAGCUAAGCAGCACAACAUGCCUUUCUGGAGGAUCACAAACCACGCAGACCUCGUGUCCCUUCACCAAGCCCUUGAGCUAGACUUCCUGUAGGAAGCCGGAGCAAAGGUGUGACUGCAGCUCCUGCAAGCCCUCUCCAUCACUGGGGGGGCAGAAACCUCGUACAUUUGGGGACUCAUUUUUCAGCUUGAUGAAGAAAACAUAGCCAAGGAGAACUGUGCAGCACAACGCGGCCCCAAGGCACGACCUCAGGAGCAGGGGCCCUGCCAAGUACAGAGGUGUCCUGUGAGGAAGCUCUGGACUCAGCAGAGCUGGAGCUUGGCUGAAGACAGAAGCCAGCUGAGUUCCUCUAGCAGGUAGUCUCCAGCAGGAGAGGCUGAUCCAACACAAGUGCUUGUAGGAGCUUUCUCCCUUCUGUUCAGCUUUAGUUGUAGAACCCAAGUUAAACACAAAACCUUAUUUUUAUAGAGAAACCCUGAUGGCAGAGCUGAACCUCCCUUGUUCCAUGGAGCCAACGAGAGCUGGGGGCUUUUCAUAGGAAAUACUAAUGAAAAUGUCAAAAAUACCUCUACUGCUGUGAAAUGUGUCCUCUCUCCUUCCCUGUGUGUUCAAAGCAGUUAAUUUAUUACAAUGUCCUCAUGUUAUUUCCUCAGUGUGGGAUUACUGGAAAAUAGAGAAGGGAAUGAUCCUGGGCUACAUGGUCCUUGUAGAGGAAGGUCUUGGUGUUGAGUUGAUCCUGGUGGCUUCCAGUCAAUGUGUGCUCGAGUCUGUUAACCAGCAGGAGAUCACUGGAUUCCAUCCGUGACCCAGGCCAUAGAUCCCACAGAUUUUCCCUGAACAGGAAUACAACUGCCUGUGAACGUUAGAUACAGCACAACAACAUUGCAGACUGCUCCGGUGGGAACAGAGUCCUCAUCUGGACUAGGAAUCAUUGGAGAGGACUGAAUCCUCAUGGAUGUUAUGAAGAAGGGAAUGGUUAUUAACCUUCACCUCCACUUUUCUGGCUCCAGUGAGAGGAAGUUCGUUUUAGUAGAAUCUGAUUCCAUUUUCUUGUAUUCUUCUUUGCAUAACGACAUAGUUAGAAACAAACCCCUUGUUAGAGGGACUUCCUUUUGGAAGACACUGUGACUUGGCAGCCCGGAGCCCAUUGGUGUUGGGAAUGAUGGCUCAUUGGAAAGAGGCUGGAGUCCAUGCCCUGCAGUGCCAGGAACCAGGAAUUGUGCCAGGUCAGGCUGAGCUCAGUGGUUUCUGCCUCCUCCCUGUACCUCCAUGGCACCAACCCAGCCAGUGCCAGGGGUCCCUGCCCAGAGAUGUCUGCUCUGUCCCACCACACACCUCUGCUGAGCCCAAGCCCCUCCAGACCUCUGGUCCCCAGCCCAGCAUCACCCUCCUGGGACACACAGGGCCAGGGCUGACCCCAUGGCACUGCAGGGAGGACACUGCCCCAUGGGGCUGUACCACAGCCACGGGUGAUGUUUGCUGCAGACCUUCCAUGGCAUUAAUGACUGAGGAGCAAUGUCCAUCAGUGCUGGGGACCAGCAUGGAGAUGUGCCUGGAGCAGGGGGUUUGGAUCCCCAGCGCUCAGGGGCUGCACCCAGAGCUAUUGCUGAGGUUCACAUGUCCCAGCCUCCAGUUCUGCUUCCUGGUUUUUGAUCAGAGGAUUCUCCAAGGUGGUCACAGGAGGGCUCUGCUUCCCAUCCAGCUCCUUGCUAGGUGUUGGCCUCGUGCUCUGAUCUCAGGUGGAUGCUCUGGGUCUGCCUAUUUCCCCAGGAACUCUGCUUUAGGACCAUGCCCCUUGUCUGGAACCUGCUGCCUGGGAGCAACCUGCCCUCCAGUCCCAUGAGAAGCCUCUUACGGAGCCAGUUUGUGCUGUGGGUGUUACUGAGCAGCUCAGAGGGGAUGGAGCAGGCUGGGGCUGUGCUCACUUGAGGAGAAGCAGGAGCCCAUGGGAGAUGUUCUUCCAUCUGCCACACACAGCACAUGGGGAGCUCAGAUGUGUCCCCACGGGCAGCCCAUGUCUGUGUGCUGGGGUUCCACAGCACCGUGGGCCCCAUGCAGAGCAAGGAGAGGGGCUGCAGGGCUGCAGCUCCAUUGUGGAUGGCUCCAUAAAGAGCCCUGGGGUCUGUGCCUCAGCUGCAGUGGAUCCUGUGGGAAUGUGCUGUGCCAAGGAGCAGCCCCAUUGCUCCCAGGGUCUGUAGCUGUACCAGAGGGUCAGGACUCACCCGCAGAGGCUGUGCUGGAUCCUGCACAUCCCUGUGGGUUCCCAGCGCAUCCAGAGCCCUCCUGGAGCUGUCCCAGCCUGUUGGGAGCACGCUGGCUCCCGUGGCUGAGCUUUGGGAUUAAACCCUGUGCCUUAACCUCCCACCACCCGUUCCCCAGGGCCCGCAGCAGGCUGCAGAGGGGGUGCUGGCCCCAGGGCCCCCCCAGCUCGCCUUCAGCUGCCUUUACUUCAAACGGCUUUAAGGGAAUGCUAAGAUUCAGCAGGCUUUUCCCCAGGUGUGGAAUAGCUGCAGCCACGGAUGCUCCACACACCUGUCCUUGAAUGUAUGUGAAGUCCUUGUCUAACCGGAGGCUGUUGGUACAUUCUGUGUUCAUGUCUCAUACAGGCUGCCCUGGCUCUUUUAAGGGUUCCCAUCUCCUGUGGGGCCAGAGCAGCAGCUCUGUCCCUCUGGGUUGUCUCUGUGCUCUCCCGUUCCCCCUGACCUGGUCCCAAAGCCAGUGCAGGGGCAGCAGUGGGGCUGUGGCCUCCCCUCCAGCUUCAUCACUGAGGCUUAAACCCCCCUGCCCAGCUCUGUUCCCUGCCUGCAAGGGUGAGCUGGGAGCAGCAGGACCCAGUGCAGCCCCUGCUGUGCUCCCAGCCCCUCUGCAGAGGGAUGGGGACGAGCCCUGGGCACCGCUGGCUGUGGAGCUGUUGCCUGUUCAUGGUCUGCAAUGGGAACUGUCCUGU